GUCAUAUAUUUUUAUUAUCUUCUGUAUUUUAUACAAAAAACCCUUUUUUUUCCCAUUCAAUUGUAGCGCAGGAAAAGUGAAAUCUAAAUAGUAGCGGUUCCGCCGCACGGUUAGGGUUUUAGCCUUUAGGCACAAAAAAGAACCCUUUUCAGCUCUCUCUUUCCCCCUCCUUCGCUCCUCUUCUGUUUCGUGAAUCUUGUUUCAGUAAUCAUCUUCAACUUAAAAUUUAUUUAGAUAAAAAGGCGAGUGCGAAGAAUGAUAUCAGCAAUCGCAUGGGUGCCGAAAGGGGUGUCAAAGCCUGAACCCGCGGUAGCUGAGUUACCUUCCAAAGACGAAAUUGAGGAGAUGAUCAAGUCCGGUGCCUUAGACAGAAGUGAAGAUAAUGGCAGUGAGGAAGAAGAUGAAGAUAUGGAUGCCGGAGCUGAGAAUCAAACCAGGGAAGUAGCCCAAGCACUUGCUGUGGCAGAUGCUCUUGGAAAAACUUCCAAGAACAAGUCAGGGACUCAUGUAGAAGAUCUUGCAGAUGGGUUGAAAGAACUUGACAUGGAACAUUAUGAUGAAGAGGAUGAUGGUAUUGAGCUAUUUAGCAAGGGGCUUGGUGAUCUUUAUUAUCCAAGCAAUGACAUGGAUCCAUAUUUAAAGGAUGAGGAUGAUGAUGACUCAGAAGAGAAUGAGGACAUGACCAUUAGACCCGUGGAUGCUGUCAUAGUUUGUGCACGCAAUGAAGAUGAUGUCAGCCAUCUUGAGGUUUGGAUAUAUGAGGAUUUAGGGGAAGUUGAAUCCAACAUGUAUGUUCACCAUGAUAUCAUCAUUUCAGCAUUUCCGCUUUGCAGUGCAUGGCUUGACUGCCCACUUAGAGGGGGAGACAAAGGGAAUUUUAUGGCUGUUGGUUCAAUGGAGCCAUCGAUUGAGAUAUGGGACCUUGACAUUAUUGAUGAAGUACAGCCAUGUGUGGUAUUAGGUGGCACUGUGGAGGAGAAGACAAAGAAAGGAAAGAAGAAAUUAAAAUACAAGGAGGGCAGUCAUACUGAUGCAGUUCUUGGUCUAGCUUGGAACAAAGAAUACAGGAAUAUCCUUGCUAGUGCAAGUGCUGACAAACAAGUUAAGGUUUGGGAUGUUGCUGCUGGAAAAUGCAACAUAACCAUGGAACAUCAUGAGGGCAAGGUUCAAGCAGUUGCUUGGAAUCAUUACGUGCCACAAGUUCUUCUUAGUGGAUCUUUUGAUCGUUCAGUUGUCAUGAAGGAUGGGAGAGUACCGUCUCAUUCUGGUUUCAAGUGGUCAGUCACUGCUGAGGUUGAAUGCUUGGCAUGGGAUCCACACACUGAGUACUCAUUUGUGGUGAGUCUUGAAGAUGGUACAGUCAGAGGUUAUGAUAUUCGAGCUGCAAAGUCUGAUCCAUCUUCCAAUUCAAAACCUAGUUUUACUCUCCAUGCACAUGACAAAGCUGCUUCCACCCUUUCAUAUAAUCCUGCAGCACCAAAUCUUCUUGCAACUGGAUCCAUGGAUAAAAUGGUAAAACUUUGGGAUUUGUCAAACAAUCAACCUUUAUGUGUUGCGUCCAGGAAUCCUAAAGCAGGAGCUAUCUUUUCCAUUUCCUUCUCACAAGAUAGUCCCUUUUUGCUGGCUAUUGGAGGCUCUAAGGGAAAAUUGGAAGUUUGGGAUACAUUAUCUGAAACAGCUGUCUCUGGAAAAUUUGGGAACUACAGCCAACCAAACAGACCCAAAACUUAACUUGGAAGGUGAAAGCUUUUGUGGUUUCUUUUAUACGAGUUUCAUGGGUUGCAAGAAGAGUUUUCAAAGUUUUAGAAUCAUGUUGUUUUGUUUUAGGGAGCGUAAAUUUUGUAAUCCAAUUCAUGGAAAUUUUAUAGCUUUAUUAUGCAUGGUGAAGUUGAAAAAAGAGGAAAUGAAUGAUUUGCUUUGAAGUUGAAAGGAACUCUCUUAGAUGAUCCAGGAGGUUUUAUUUCUUAGCGUUGUUGAACAAAUGAUCAACAUUUGCCUGAUAAUGUGAAAAUCCUGCA